GAGAAAUGGCGCAGCAAGUGAUUCAGCUGGAUCAAGAAAAACUGAGCUGUUCAAUCUGCCUGGAUCUUCUAAAGGAGCCGGUGACUAUUCCCUGUGGGCACAGCUACUGUAUGAGCUGUAUUAAAACCUGCUGGGAUGAGGGUGAUCAGAAGAAAACACACAGCUGCCCUCAGUGCAGGCAGAGCUUCACACCGAGGCCAGCCCUGGUGAGAAACAUCAUGUUUGCAGAGUUAGUGGAGGAGGUGAAGAAAGCAAAUAGAUCUACUUCACCUGAUCAUUUCUACGCUGGACCUGGAGACGUGGCCUGUGAUUUCUGCACUGGGAGGAAGUUGAAAGCCUUCAAGUCCUGUCUGGUGUGUUUGGCCUCUUACUGUGAACAGCACCUUCAGCCUCACUACGAUGUAGGUCCUUUAAAGAAACACAUGCUGGUCGAAGCCACUUCAAAGCUUCUUGAGAACAUCUGCUCUCACCAUAAUGAGGUGAUGAAGAUUUUCUGCCGCACUGAUCAGCAGUGUAUCUGUUAUCUCUGCUCCAUGGAUGAACACAAAGGCCACGACACAGUCUCAGCUGUAGCAGAAAGGGCUGAGAAGCAGACAGAGCUCGGGGUGAGUCGUUAUAAAAUCCAACGGAGAAUCCAAGACAGAGAGAAAGAUGUGAAGGUGCUUCAACAAGAGGUGGAGGCUAUCAAUAUUUCUUCUGAUGAAGCUGUUAGUAAGAGUGAGAAGAUCUUCACCGACCUGAUCCGUCUCAUUGAGGAAAGAAGGUCUGAAGUGAAGCAGCAGAUCAGAUCCCACCAGAAAACUGAAGUGAGUCGAAUCACAGAGCUCGAGGAGAAGCUGCAGCAGGAGAUAACUGAGCUGAGGAGGAAAGAUGCUGAUCUGGCACAGCUCUCACACACAGAGGAUCACCUCCAUUUUCUGAACAACUACUCCUCUCUGUCACAUCUGAGUGAAGCGACACAUUUACCCAGCAUCAAUCCUCAAUCACAGCAGUAUAUUGAGGAUGUGACAGCGGCAGUGUCAGAGGUCAGAGAUAAACUGCAGGCUGUUCUGAAUGAGGAGUGGGGAAAGGUCUCGUGGACAGUGACUCAUGUGGAAGUUUUACCGCUGCAAGGAGAACCUAAGACCAGAGCUGAGUUCUUGAGAUAUUCACAAGAAAUCACACUGGAUUCAAAUACAGCACACACACGUUUGUCAUUGUGUGACAGGAACAGAAAAGCCACAUUGAAGAGUGAGUUCCAGCUAUAUCCAAGUCACCCAGACAGAUUCCUUGAACUGUGGCAGGUCCUGAGUAAAGAGGGUCUGACUGAACAUUGUUACUGGGAGGUGAAGUGGAGUGGGAUGGUUUCUAUAGCAGUUGCAUACAAGGAUAUCAGCAGAACAGGGCCCAGGAACUAUUGUAGAUUUGGAUACAAUGACAAAUCCUGGGCAUUAAGAUGUUACAAUGGUACUUAUGAAUUCAGACAUAACAAUAAUUGUACCUCCAUCUCAGGCCCUCAGUCCUCCAGAAUAGGAGUGUACCUGGAUCACAGGGCAGGUACUCUGUCUUUCUACAGCGUCUCUAGAACCAUGAAUCUCCUCCACAGAGUCCAGACCACCUUCACUCAGCCUCUCUAUCCUGGACUCUGGCUUCCAGGUUCUGCAGGAGACACUGCUGAGUUGUGUGAACUCAAGUAGACAGGAGUAAUUACACAGUUUCUUCUGCUACACACAGUGAGGGUUAAUCUACCUGGCAAAGAUGUACUGUUGAUAUUUGAACUUUAUUUUGAAAAGACAUGUUUAAAUCUAAUAAACUUGUCAUCAUAUUCUGUACAUGGGAAAUAAUACAUACCUGAAAAACGACUGAUGAAAAACUAUUACCAUAUCAGUGGGCUUAAUUAUAUUUGUAUUAAAAGAACAACACACGUAAGAUUCAAAUAACUCUUUAGAAGUUGGAUUUGACUUUUGUUUGAUUGUUUGUUUGUUUUCUAGUUAAUCAUAUGUUUAUGGAUGUAACUGAUAUCAUUUUUUGUUUACAUGUUAAAUCACUAUAUUGAUAUUCUGAAUGAAUUGAAUAGUGUGUACAACAUUGCAAACUGUAACAAAAUGUUAACACAAAAUUGAAUAAAAUCUCUCUUUUAAGAUCAUCAUUAGCACAAUACCUAAAUAAAACUCAUUGUACCACAGGCUAAUGUACAGUAGAAAUGCCUAAUAAUAAAGAUAUAGCCUAGAAAUGCACAGAGAGUUUGGCUCUUUUCUUUUAAAUGAUUUAACAUUUAUUUUACAAUUUUGCAUUUUAACAUGAAUGAAAGGAAAAAGAUUUAAAUCAGAAAAGGAAAAUGUGUUUUGAUGAGUGUAUUGCAGCAUUGCUCUUUGACCAGCAAGCAGUGCUAUUUUAUAUAUUUACAGCAUAUCAAAGGGCCAUGCCCACUGUUUAUCCCCAAUCACCUUUUUACCUCAAAGUAUAUAUCAUGUGAAGGAACAUGGAGGCUUUAAAUGGCAAAUACGUCAGAAUUAAAUGUUGAGAGGGGUGAGCUUUUUAUAAGUGCUCCUCCGUGGCUGUAAAAGAUCCAAGCAGGUUACUUGUUGCUUAUUUUCAUGUUAUAAAAGUGACGAUAUAGUAAUAAAGGGAUAACUGUGAGUUUCAACAAUGUAUUGUGAACAGAAAGUGUUUUUAAUAUUCUGCUGAGGACACAGACUGUGACAUCCCACUCAGACUCUUUGUAUUUAUUUCAGUUUUAUUUCUUUUACAGUUUUAUUUUGUAAUCUCUUACCUCAGGUAUCUCUGGGUUUUUUCCUUCCUGCCUUUGUGUUUGUUUUUCUCUGCCAGUUUAUUUUGAUCACUAGUGACCCAUUAUCCAAUCAGCUUCCUGUGUCUCAAUACUCCAUCCUCUCCCCCGAGUUGCCAGAUUGUCUUUUUACUACCUGGUAGUCAAGCUUUCAAACCAUUCCUAUUACUAGUUUGUAAUAUGUUUGUAUAUGGCCUUUCACCUGUUCCUGAUUUUCCUGUUGUCUGCUCCUCAUCUGUAUUUUUUUGCUACACUGACUAACAUCACAUGUAUGAACUCAAUUCAGGC